ACUAUGGAUGAUAGGUUGGUGGGUGUAACCUCUGACAAAACAAUGUUAGCCAUGUUUGAAAUGCACAAGGAUAGCAACUCUUAUGUGAUUGAUAUCUAUAUCCACAACCCUAUGAUGGAGCAAAACAAACCUAGUGGUGAAUAGGUAUCUAGUUUGACUAAGGUUGGCCUUAGUGUGCAAAUUGAUGACUUAAUAGACCUUCAUGACUUUGAUGACAUAGUUAAUCUUGAUGAAGGUAUAAUACCAGCUGGUCCACUUGAGAGUGAUGAUGAUUCUGAUAAAGAUUGGGAAAUUGGUGAUGACACAGAGAUGAAAGUGAUGGUGACAGUGAUGGUGGCACUGAUGAUGACGAGUUUAGUGGCUUUGCUAACUCAUCUGAAGAUGAUGAGGAGGAGGUUGAACAAGGGCUUGCCGUUAUGACUGUGAAUGAGGAAGGAGAAUUUAAUGAUAAGAGUGAUGAUGACCUAGGAUGUUUAUCGAAUCCAGAGGAUGAGGGUGGCAACAUAAAGAAGCAUAAGUUAGUUGAGUUUGACCAGGAUAAAGAUAUGGAGAACCCCAGACUUAUGGAGGGUAUGGUUUUCCCUAAUGUGACUGCCUUCAAAGCUCUCUUCAAAGAGUUCCACAUUAGGGAAGGGUGUGAAUACACCUACUUGAAGAAUGAAAGUACAAGAGUCACUAUCAUUUGCAAAGAGAAAUGUGGUUUUAGGUUACAUGCAUCACCAAUGCUUGGUGAGAAGUCAUUCCAGAUUAAGAAUAUCAGAGCUGACCAUUGUUGUACCAGAAAAUACAUCAACAAGUAUGCAACAUCUAAGUGGAUAGCUGGUAAGUACAUGGAGGUGUUGACAGAUGAACCAGAUAAAAAUGUGAAAACGCUAAAAAAUGAUGUUAAGAGGGAUUGGAUGUUGCAUGUGUCAAGGAAGAAGGUUUAUAAGGCCAGGAGAGUUGCUCUACAAACAAUCCAGGAGAGUCAUGAGGAAUAAUACUUGAGAAUAAGGGAUUAUUGUCAGAUUUUGAUCAACAAAAACCCAGGAUCAACUGCACUUCUUAAGGUGAAAAGGAUAAACUCAACUGUGUUUUUCCAAAGAUUGUUCAUAUGCUUUGAUGCUCAGGCAAAGGGAUUUCUUACUGGCUGCAGACCUUUCAUAGGUUUAGAUGCAUGCUUCCUUAAAGGGCAUUAUGGUGGACAACUUAUGGCUGCAGUGGGGAGAGAUGCCAAUAACCAAAUGUACACUCUGUGUAUUGCCAUUGUUGAAGUAGAACUUAAGGACAGUUGAGGUUGGUUUUUAGAGCAUUUGAUGCAAGUAAUAAGAAGACCUGAGGAGAGGGGAUGGUGUUUCAUGUCUGACAAGCAGUAGGGUUUAGUUGAAUCAUUCAAAAGACUCAUGCCUAAUGUGGAGCAAAAAUUUUAUCUAAGGCAUAUGUAUGCCAAUUAUAACAAGACCUACAAAGGGAAAGAGUACAAAGAUUUGUUUUGGGGAGCAGCCUCUGCUUACACAGUUUCAGAGCUCAAUAAACAAAUGGCAGACAUGAAGAGGGUAGAUAAAAAGGCAUAUGAGUGGAUGCUGAGUGAGGAAAAAUAGGUUUGGGCUAGAGCCUACUACAGCCCUAGGUCCAAGGUUAACAGAAUGGACAACAACAUGAGUGAGUGUUUUAAUAGAUGGAUAGAGGAGGCAAAGGAUAAGCCCAUACUGAUAGUAAUAGAGACAAUAAGGAAACAACUGAUGGUAAAGUAUGUGCAAAGACUUGAAUUCAGUCAAAAGUUCAAGGGUAAGUUGUGUCCAAGUAUUGGUAAGAAAGUUGAGAAGAAAAAGGUGAAAGCAAGAGGAUUGGCAGUGAUAUACUCGGGGGGGACAGUGUUUGAGGUAACUAGUACAAACAAAACAUUUGUGGUUGAUAUUGGGGACCACUCCUGCACUUGUAGAAAGUGGGAUCUCAGUGGAAUUCCUUGCAAUCAUGCAUGUGCAGCCAUCAUAACUCACAAGGCCCUACCUGAAGAUUAUGUGAAUCAAUGUUACACAACUGAUACAUUUGUUAGGACUUACAACUAUAGGAUUAAUCCAAUACCAGAUAAAAGCUUAUGGCCACAAACUAAAUGUGAUCUAAUAAUGCCUCCACUUUUAAGAUCAACAAUUGGGAGACCAAAGAAGGCUAGGAGAAAAGGAGAGGAUGAGCCCAAUAAUCCUUACAAGGUUAGGAAGCAUAGUACUACUAUCAUGUGCAGAAAAUGUGGCCAAUUUGGGCACAAUGUGAGAACUUGUACAACACCACAAGAGAGUUGGAUUAAACAUAAGGGCAAGUACUAUGGAAAACAGAAGGCCAAGUUUGGAGGUGGUGUGCAACCAGUUGGUAAGCCAAAAGGUAGUGGAAGUGGGACUGUUGGCAGAGGAAGAGGAAGAAAAACUGGCAGAUGAAGGGGCAGAGGAACUGGGAAAGGAAGGGGUGGAGGUAUUGAAAGUGGGAAUGCAUCUGCUGCAAGUGGAAGUGUGGCAAAUGGUAAAAGAAAGUCAGUUGACCAACCACAACAGAACAAGGUAUAGUUGCUUGUGUAUUUUGUUAACUGUGUACAAUUUUAAUUGACUAUGAUAAUGCAUAUGACUUAUGUACUAGUUGCUUGUGUAUUUUGUUAGGCUUCCAAGAGAUUGACAAAAGUUGGUGAACGUUAGUUUUCCAGUCAACAAUCCAGUACCUCAGCAUCAAAGUUUACGCCAUAAGGUACAAUUACUAGGAAUGGCAGAGUUAUGACUACUAUUUCCUCCCAAGCUUCAUAUGGUCCCACCAAAUGAUUUUUCAUGACUUGACUUGAGGUAGAUAGCCUAAAUUUUUGUAAUGCCUUGUGAAUGGGUAUGCCUUGUAAUGGCACAAGGCUUAUGACUUUAUUUUUGUAAGACUUUGUGCAAGGCUUUUGACUUUAUAUUAGUAAGGGCCUAUUAGUAAUGCCUUUGUGUAAGGCUUAUGACUGCAGCUUUUGUAA